AUGGAGGCCAAUGGAGGCCUCGACCAACAGAAACAAAGAAGAAUGGACACAUUCCAGGAUGUAUUCCAGAAGGUGGAGAAGAUUGGAGAGGGUACCUAUGGAGUAGUGUAUAAGGCCAGGAACAAGCACACCGGGCAGUUAGUUGCUCUGAAGAAGAUCCGUCUAGAUUCGGAGACAGAAGGUGUUCCCAGUACAGCAAUUAGAGAAAUCUCUCUGCUGAAAGAAUUGAAACAUCCAAACAUAGUGAGACUUCUUGAUGUGGUACACAGUCAGAAGAAGCUCUAUCUGGUCUUUGAAUACCUGAAUCAGGACCUUAAAAAGUACAUGGACUCACCCCGAACAGGGGAGCUGCCCUUCAGUUUAGUCAAGAGCUAUCUUUACCAGCUACUACAAGGAGUGGGCUUCUGUCACUCCCACAGAGUUAUACACAGAGACCUGAAGCCCCAGAAUUUGCUUAUAAAUGAAAUGGGGGCCAUCAAACUAGCAGACUUUGGCUUAGCUAGAGCCUUUGGUGUUCCUUUACGUACUUACACCCAUGAGGUUGUAACCUUAUGGUAUCGUGCUCCUGAAAUCUUGCUGGGUUGUAAAUACUACUCAACAGCUGUGGACAUCUGGAGCAUCGGCUGCAUAUUUGCAGAAAUGGUGACCAGAAAAGCCUUGUUUCCUGGGGAUUCUGAAAUUGACCAGCUCUUUCGGAUUUUCCGGACCCUCGGCACACCUACUGAAUCGGUGUGGCCAGGAGUGACUCAGCUUCCUGACUACAAAGGAAAUUUCCCCAAAUGGCCGAGGAAAGAUUUGAAGGCAAUAAUCUCAAACUUGGACCGAGAUGGACGAGACUUAUUGGCACAACUGCUACUGUAUGAUCCCAACAGGCGCAUCUCAGCCAAAGCUGCUUUGACUCACCGGUAUUUCUGGCAGGCUCCGUGAGAUGCCAGCCAAAGAGCGGUAGAGAGAUAUAGCCCAGGAGA